AUGGCUGUGAGCAUUGGUAACGGUCAACAGCGUCUGUACCCUUUGUCAGUAACGUUCAAGGCUACAAUUCUGGAUGAUAUUGCCAAGUUUACUGUCACACACAACUUCUACAAUGAUUCCAGGGCUAGCCUAGCAACUGCCGACUUCACCUUCCCACUUCUACCAGAGUGCUCAAUUUUGGACUUCAGUUGUACCUUUGGGGGAUCUGCUGGUAACAACAGGGUUCUAAGAGCGAUAGUCUUGGAGAAACAGACGGCUCGAAACAGAUUCUGUGACGCUCAGAAAGAGGGCAAAAAGCCAGGUCUGCUCGAGCAAAGCUCUGGUGAUGUCUUUAAAUCGGCCGUGGGCAACGUACUUGCAGGGGCUCGGAUUCGGACAGAGAUUGCGUUUGCUAGCUUCUUGAGGCGCCGUGUCCGCCCUGAUGGGACAGUUGUCACGACAGUGACAAUACCCAUAAGCAUUGCCCCUCGAUACGGUCGCCCGCCUCCAGAAUGGGAACGCACAGGGCUACCACUACCGCCUCUCGGCCUCAGUGCUGAGCUUCAGAUUCACACAGAAUAUUCUUCGAGCAUGUCCGUAAAUUUGGUGUCAGAUCACCAGAAAUGCACGACCUUUGAGCAACGGGCUAGGAUAUAUCGGGGCGACGACACAGCUGCGCCAGCAAUGACCGUGGUGAAUAUUCGAAACAAGGACCCUCUCCAGAGAGGCGAUGUCGUGCUGGAUAUCAUUAAGGGACCAGAGCCUGAGGUGCCCAUGGCUUGGCUAGAAGCCCAUACUGCAAAAUCCAACCAUUACGCAGCCAUGAUAACGCUUCCAAAACCGGUAGCGCAGUCGAUGCAUGCCGCUCGGGCUGGUGUCAAGCGCGAGAUCAUUUUCCUUGCAGACAGGUCAGGCUCGAUGAAAGGCAAGAUCGAAGGUCUCAGAACGGCCAUGACUGUCUUUCUCAAGGGCAUUCCCCUAGAUCGCUAUUUCAACGUGUGGAGUUUCGGGAGUCAACACCAAGCCCUAUGGCCACGGUCUGUGCAGUACAGCAAAGUGAAUCUUGCACAUGCUCUCAGAUAUGUAGGGGGGUUUGAGGCAAAUAUGGGCGGGACGGAGAUCCAGCCAGUGCUUAACGAUAUCAUCCAAACUUCAGCCACGGAUGGGGAGACAAAAGACGUUGUGGUUUUAACGGAUGGGGAAGUCAACGACGAGAUUAUGGGGGCGACGUUGAGGCUUGUUGCGAAAGCAAAGCAUGACACAGGGGGGCGCAUGCGAUUCUUUGCCCUAGGCAUCGGCGACGAGGUAUCGCACGCCCUCGUAAACGGGAUUGCACAGGCUGGUGGAGGAUAUUCGAACGUUAUUGGGACCGCAGAUUAUAACAUGUGGCCGGACAGGAUGGCGGCGGUGUUGGAAGCUGCUUCAGAAGAGCAUCUAGGCAGUGUGCAGGUGCAAGUCGAUGCUCAUGAUAUUGUCCAGCCUCAUGAAGCUUCUUCUUUCCGGAGACCUAUUCCCUUGCAGUCACCUGCUGAUCUGGCUUUGCUUCCUGCCUUCUCUCGUAAUCGAAUAUUCAUGUUGUUUGACCUCCGAGUGUGGAGGCAUGAACCCCCCUCGUCCAUCACAAUAACGACCAGGAACUCGUUAGGACUCGUCGUUCGCCACGAAGCCGUUACUGUACAUCGAGCUUCCGGUACCAAUACCCUCAUACACCGCCUGGCAGCCCGAGCAGCCAUUGGAGAUCUUGAGCGUGGCGAGAGCUGGGUUCAGUUGAAUCCGAGAGGACCUGAGCAUGGAUCUGAACAGGAGACAGCGCUAACUAGGAAAGAAGGUGUGCGUCUUGGGCGCGAGUGGAAUCUUGUCUCAAAGUGGACCAGCUUUUACCUGGAGGAGUCUCGUCACCCAGGAACCUCAGAU